AUGUUCGAACUUAUCAAAUCGAUACCAGCUCACUCAGAUAAAGCAUGGAGCGUUCACUCACAUAGUACAUUGCCCUUGUUGGCUACGGCCCUGAGCGACAAGACUAGUAAAAUCUAUAAGCUCUCUCGUUCCAAAAACUUCCCGCAGAUAGCUAAGUUGGAAGGAACGCAUAAGCGAUCAGUGAGAGCGGUCAAUUUCAAACCACAUUUGAAGCUGACAGAUACAGAGUUCAUUGAUCUUCCAGCUUUGGCGUGUGGCUCUUUUGAUUCGACGAUAUCAAUAUGGGGAAUCGAUGAGCCCGCUGAGUUUUUGGACGUUGAGAAUGAGAUGGACGAAGAUGAAGAGGAUGAGACGGCAGCACAGGCAAAACAAAAGAGAGAAAUAGAUAUACUCACGAGCGCCACAAACGAGUGGAACCUAAUGGCAUUGAUUGAAGGUCAUGAGAAUGAGAUCAAAUCUGUUGCAUGGAACAAAUCAGGAAGGUUUUUGGCGUCCUGCUCCAGAGAUAAGACCGUUUGGAUCUGGGAAACAGAUCCUGAAACACUAGAGGAGUUUGAAUGUGUUGCAGUAUUGAGCGAUCACGAGCACGAUAUAAAACAUAUCACUUGGCACCCAGUGCAAAAUAUCCUUGCAAGCUCCUCCUACGAUGAUACCAUCAGAGUAUAUAAGCAAGACGAUGAUGACGAUGACUGGUCGUGUGUGGGAUUACUCAGUGGUCACCAGGGAACGGUUUGGUGCUCUGCAUUUGAAAAUCCAAAAUCACUCAUAGCAUCAGCAGACAAUUUGAGACUAGUUUCGUGCUCAGACGAUUCAACCGUUCGCAUAUGGGUGAGCCCUGCGCCUGAGGAGCUGAGACAUGAACAAGGAAUACCCAGCUCGAUAAAACACCGCAGUUCUGAAAUGCCCUGGGAGCUCGAAACAGUGCUUCCUCCUGUCCACAAGUAUGCGAUUUAUUCUGUUGAUUGGUCACCCAAGAGCGGUAGGAUAGCCACAGCGGGGGCGGAUGGGCAAAUUGCCGUCUACGUGUUCGAUGGGAAAGAUUGGAAAAUUGACAGCAUUCAGAAAGCUGCUCACGGGGUCUACGAGAUCAACUGUCUCACAUGGUGUACAUUAGAAGAAGGCAAUGAGGUACUUGUGAGUGCUGGAGACGAUGGUUAUAUUAAUAUCUGGGAGGCAUAA